CAAAACGCCUCUCCCUGCCCGGAGCUCGCCUUUCCUCCUGACCUGACAGGCACCCGUGGAUCCACGGGGCAGAUGCAGGCAGGGUCCGCCGUGUUUCCCUGGAGAGAACAAUGCGGACAGAAGAGAGGUCAAGACAAAGUCACUUGUAUUACUGAAAAGCGGAGGGCAAGAAUUUACAAACCAGUGAUUUUCACAGUACAGAACUGUUUUUUUUUAUUCAAAGGUGAAAAGACCCCGGGGCUUAAAUAAACAGCCGCCGACCAUCGACCGACAGGAUUAUUCUUCUCUGAGCAAGUGCACAGCAAACGCAAACAGCCGUGAGUAAGUGUGAUGUGGUCGGGCAGUGGUGGCAGCUGCUGAAGGGGGGAGAGCAGGACAUCUAUUGGAGACUGGUUCAGUUACCUUAGACGACACGAUCUGAGCGCACAGUCGGUUAUUAACUCUCCUAUAAAUAGGCUUCGCUGAUUCCCCUAUUUCCCUCAGAUAUAGGGAUCCAGAAAUACCAGCCAUCAUUUUCCCAUCGCAGUGAGAAUAACCGGCACGCGGACAGAAACGAGCUCACAUGGAGACCAAGUGAGUGCGCAAGUCGGCAGUGCGCCGGUUUGACGGCGUCCUCCCUCCACUGACUCUCAGUCCCGGCAGGUCAGUAAACUCCAGGUGGAUUUGCUGCGGGUCCGAGCCUGCCACCAGCCACCAGCCACCGGUCCUCGGGGUUUCUUGUGGCAACUCGACGGGAACUAAACCUGAGACGCCUUGCGGCUCUCACCGCCCUCAAGGAGCUCCGCGGCGCCGCACUACAUAGCAAAAGUGGAUAUCAUUUCCUACAUGGUUUGAAAAAAAAAAAGUGCUGGACCAGAGAGGGGAUUAUUUAAUAUUUCUUUUGCUGAUCGGAGUUCUUUACUCAGCUGGAGAAAUUUUAAGGAGAUAGCCAGAGGAGAAAUUGCUGCAACCUAUAACAGGAGAGGAGGAGAGGGAGACGCGCAGGUCAUCUCCUUGGGCCAUCUUCUUUUUCUGCCCACCUGUCAAUGCUCUUCAUCUUCAUGAACUCCAUGUUGAGUCAUAAUAAAACACACCACAUCAGAUAGAGUUGCCUUGUUCCCUGAGGAGGAUAAUGGAACGGCUGUGGUUCUCUUUGCUGUUGCUGGCAGCGGUAUGCAGGGGACAGCCGUGUCCAAAACGUUGCAUGUGCCAGAGCCUUUCUCCAUCGCUCGCUAUCCUCUGCUCUAAAACAGGCUUGCUCUUUGUCCCGGCUGCCAUUGAUCGACGCACUGUGGAGCUCCGACUUCAAGAGAACUUCAUCACAGCCGUACGAAGAAAAGACUUUGCCAACAUGACCAGCUUGUUACAUCUAACCCUUUCAAGAAACACCAUCAGUCAGAUCCUUCCUUCAGCUUUCAGUGACCUGCGGCGACUGAGAGCACUCCAUCUAGACUCUAACAGAUUAACUGUGAUCAAGGAUGAGCAUUUCAAAGGCCUGAACAAUCUUCGCCAUUUGAUCCUGGCCAAUAAUCAGCUUCAUUCCAUAUCUCCACAUGCCUUUGAUGACUUCUUGUCCACUCUGGAGGAUCUAGACCUCAGUUACAACAAUCUUGCUGACGUUCCCUGGGACACAAUUGGGCGCCUUACCAAUGUCAACACCUUGAAUAUGGAUCAUAACCUCAUAGAGAAUGUUCCCCAGGGAGUAUUUACGAAUCUGCACAAACUGGCUAGGCUCGACAUGACGUCCAACAAACUGAAGAAAAUUCCUCCAGAUCCAUUGUUCCUGAGGAUCCCAGUCUAUGCCAAGUCUAAAGGCUCCCCUCUUUCCUCUCUUGUGUUGAGUUUUGGUGGUAACCCUCUUCACUGUAACUGUGAGCUUCUGUGGUUGAGGAGACUAACAAGGGAAGAUGACCUUGAGACAUGUGCCUCUCCCUCUGACCUCAGUGCUAAGUACUUCUGGACAAUACCCGAAGAGGAGUUUAUUUGUGACCCACCAGUUCUUACCCGAAAGUCACCUCAUACCGUUGCAAUGGAAGGCCAACCUGCAAGUCUAAAAUGCAAAGCAAAUGGCGACCCUGAGCCUGAAGUCCACUGGAUAAGCCCUCAAGGACGCCUUAUAUCUAAUAGCUCCAGAACUUUAGUAUUUCCAAAUGGAAGCCUGGAGAUCACUGCAACAUCUGUGAAGGAUUCAGGAAACUUCACCUGCAUUGCCUCCAACACAGCGGGCGAAUCCACGGGAAGGGUGGAGUUAGUUGUCACUGCAGUGCCUCAUCUGGCAAACAGUACAAGCCGCAGCCGCGAUCCAUCUUCUGAGCCAGCUCCUUCUGACAUCCUCACCUCCUCGAAGGUUGCACUGCCAAACAACGAAACAAGAGGGGCAGACAGGAGGGUCUCGUUGGUGGAACUGACAGGAAACUCUGCCCUCAUUAGAUGGAGCAGUCAAACUCCUAUAUCUGGAGUAAGGAUGUUCCAGGUCCAGUACAACAGCUCUGGGGAUGACACACUGGUUUACAGGAUGAUCCCAUCCAGCAGUAACGACUUCAUGGUCCGAGACCUUGCUGCGGGGCGAAGCUACGAUCUGUGUGUCCUGGCUGUGUUUGAUGAUGUCGUCACAUCAUUGACUGCAACACGUCCCUUGGGCUGUCUGUCAUUUACCACCGACACAGAGUUCAGCCAGUGUCAAGCACUGCACAGCCACUUCUUGGGUGGCACUAUGAUCAUCAUCAUUGGAGGGAUUAUUGUUGCAUCUGUGCUGGUUUUUAUUAUCAUCUUAAUGAUUCGAUACAAGGUUUACAGCCAACAAGGGAUAGGUAAUGGAAAAGGUGCCAUUGCUACAGCAUCAAGACUGCAGAGCAACGGACAAGGAGGAGGCAGUCAGGUCCAAGUUCUCGCUCACUCUGCAUCAAAGAUGACAGAGAGUCAGGACGAGCAGGUGCUAUCGCCAUCCAGGGCCUUGUCGCCUAGCAACGCUCUGAGAGACACAGUGGCACUGGUACAAGAGGAGAGUGGUGGACAGAGUGUUAUGUCAAAGACUGACUCCCUGUCCAAUGAGGAGUUGCUGUCACCAACCAAGGCCCGCUAUUCCUCCAGGGUUUCCAUUGAGAUGAAAAUCCGACCAUCGCCUGUCACCAAAGAGCCCUCCUCUCCCAUGGAACUGGCAGCAGCUGAUGACAGGCAGCCUCGUAGUGUCGAAUGGAGAGCCUUUAAGAUCUGAAGGUCUUUCGGCCUCACAAAGACAUUGGCCCAACACUACACACAGAGAAACCCUGACGCUGUUAUUCUGGCAGAUGAGGAAAAUGACAUCACCUGUGGACAGAAGCUGGUGGAAACGGAAGGAAAAAAAAGCCCAAUAUUUCAUCACCUUGCAUCUCCUGUUUACUGCAUCCAUUACUUUUGUUUCCAUGGGUACCAUGGGCUUAUAGAUCUAUAAAGUCUAAUUUAUUUUCUAAAGCUUAUCCCGGUUCCAAACUCUGGCUUGGAAUCUCGUGUAAAGGCCCGGUGACAGUGUGAUCAUCUUAAUCAGUUUUAACUGACGGGCAUUUUCCAAUUUCAAAAACAUCCAUAUGACUGUGGAAGUGGAACACUGGGAGAGGAAAAAUUAUCUGAAAAAUGACACAAAGGGGCAUGGGGAUUUGGGACAUCCACUGAAAUGGACAGAAAAAUAUGAAAUAGCUUCUCACCAUGUGGGAUUACAUCAAUAUGCACAGACUCUGAGUGGAUUGAUAGAAACUGACAGAAAACGAAUGGCUGUGCUUGAAAGAAACUUGGAUGCAAAGAUAAUCAUGCUCAAGCUGGAUGUAUAGUGCAAAAUGAGAGAACGCGCAGGAAAAAAAGUGAAAUCCAACACAAGUUUGUCUUUAUGGGUACCCUGGUGGAUAUAAUCAUAUCUUAAGCUUAACUUAUGGGACUUCUAAGAGAGCUGGCUCUGUGUAGCACCCCUCUAUUAAUCAGUGUGGAAUAACACAAUUCUGAUGUUACCAAGCUGAGCUGAUGCUGGCAGGCCUGAACUGGAGUGGGAUUUUAACCAUGACUGGACCCUGUUAUCUCAUAAUUAAAACCCAAUUUCUGGAAAUCACAAAGAAUUAAGAAAAUGUGAAUGGAAGCCACUAUCCCUGACAGAAUUGGACAAACCUGGACCAAGUGGAACUUAAAUUGGAGCUACAUACUGAUAUGAUCCGACUGUACAGUCAUAGGCUACUCUGGCCUGUCAUCAGUCGGCUUCUUUUCUGUUCCUGUAUCUUCCUCUCUCCGUUGGAAGGAUGAGAUUGGCGAGGAGCUUGUGGAACUCUUUUGGCCUCUCUCACAUUUCUCCAGGCCCAUUUAAACAGACCCAGAAAUCAGGAGAAAAGCCACAUGCUGGAGGACAAAAAAAAACAAUGAAGCAUUAAGAGUGAAAAUGAAAGUAGCAGGGUACUGAAUCACAAGUCAUGCUUAGCAUCCAUAUAUCAGAUCAUUUUCAUCUUCAACAUCAUUGUCAUUACUUCCAUCACUGAAAAUAAUUGCACAUGCAAAGUUUUACACUGUAAGUCAUACAUAAUUUUAAUGUGAAUGGGGGAAAAAAAAACUGCAUGACUGUAAAAUACUGCACAACCCACAUUGUUAAAAUAUUGAAAAAUGUCAUUCAGGCUCACUAUGUGUUGACUAUGACCAAGGAGUGCAUUUAUGUGCACACAACAUAGAUGAUAAUGAGUCUCAUUUACAUGUUCACUUUGUGAAAAAGCUACAUUUUAACAUGUGUUAUGUGUCAAAUAUACCACCACAUUACUCACGUCCAAGUGCUCCACACAAGUAUCUCCAUUAUUCUUAAAUGGGAUCUGUGACACAUAUGCACCAUCUACAUUUGUGCACAUAACUGCACUCACUGGUAUUCCUGUGUCAACAUAAUCAUUACGGUCAUGACAGUUUCACAGUUCCCUGCUGAUAUGUAUGUUCGUUGAGCAGGAAAUGGACAGAGAAGCUCCAAAAGUUUGACCCAUCCUGAAAAAAAACAUGCCCAUAAGAAGAAAAAAAUUAUAUAAAACAUGUAAUCUUCACUUUCCCCCUCCUGUGUUCUUCUCACUUUUUCUUUGGGCUUUAUCUUUUGUAUGUGUACAUAAUGCGAUUCCAAAUCUAUAGUUUUGUACAUGUAAUUUUUAUGGUGUG